AUGGUUGCAACGUGGUUAAAGGUGCUGGAUCCGUGGGCAAGGAUGCUACCUAGUGUUGAGAAGGCUCCGAAAACGGUGCGCUUCACUACAAAAGGGCUUUAUACCUUUCUGGCCUUAAUUGUCUACCUCACGGCUUCUCAGGUGCCGCUUUACGGUCUGCACUCCUCAAUCCGUAAGGAUCCUUUGUUCUGGCUGCGUUCUAUAUUUGCGGGCCAGCGAGGAAGCCUCAUGGAGUUGGGUAUUGGUCCUACGAUCACUUCGAGCUUUUUCCUCAAGAUACUUAUCUCAUCCAAGGUACUGCCCUUUGACAAGAACAACGAAGUAGAGAGCCAAGUUUUUAAUCGUGUCCAAAAUCUUAUUGGAUUUAUUUUCACCUUCUUCCAGGCCGUUCUUUAUGUGCUCGCUGGUAUUUACGGGUCUAUCUCGCAAAUAGGCCUGUUCAGUGCAGUGGCCAUUAUUGCUCAGCUGACUAUCUCAUCUAUACUGGUUCAGGUCUUGGAUGAAAUGCUUGAAAAUGGAUGGGGCAUAGGCUCUGGUAUUUCUUUAUUUACCACUGCCAAUGUCUGCGAGAACAUCAUCUGGAAGUCGUUCUCCUUCUUCCGCAUCGACCGUGGCAAUGGAAAGGAAUUUGAGGGUGCUGUCCUGGCAGCUGUCCAUUACAUGUUCACCCAGCCAAAUAAGCUCAAGGCGAUCAAGCUGGCCUUCUUCCGGGAUGGUCUCACAAAUGUGAUGAACAUUAUAGCAACCCUUGUAGUUUUCCUUGUGGCUAUCUAUCUCCAGGGAAUCAAGCGUAAUUUGCGGAUUCAGCAUGCAAAGGCAGGGCCAUCCGUUCAGCAACAAUAUCCCAUCAGACUGCUUUAUGCAUCUUCGACGCCCAUGAUGAUUAUAUCAACAUUGACGUCUAACGUCUUUAUGAUUUCUCAGGCUAUCUGGCGUCGCUUUGGCAAUUCUAUUUUCACUGCGCUGCUAGGUACUUGGGCGGAGGUCGAGUCGCGUCCUGGUCAGGCCUUUCCAACAGGUGGUCUUGCAUGGAUUCUUGCCUCUCCGUACUCUCUUCGAAGUGCACUCUUUCACCCUAUUCAUACCAUUCUCCACGCGGUGACCUUAGUCGCUCUCUCUGGGCUUAUCUCACGUGUCUGGGUAGAGUUCUCUGGUGAAGGCGCUAAAGAGGUCGCAGAGAUGCUCGAGACCAAUGGCUGGUGCAUGCCUGGUUAUAUGACUAAGGGGGCUCUUCAGCGCGAGCUGAAUAGAUACAUUCCAACUGCAGCCCUCGCAGGCGGUCUUAUACUCGGGUUUGUUGGGUUCUGUGCGGACAUCUUUGGUGCUAUUGGGUCUGGCACGGGCAUUUUACUUGCAGCAACGACUCUCGUAAAGAUGUACGAGGAGUUCGCUAAAGAAGGUAUCCAGCUUUCUAUGUAA